AUGCCUGAUGCAAAACUCAACACAGCUGGAACUCUCAAUGCAAUGAAAUCAGAAGAGGGAAAUGAUUCCAUUGACACUUUCAUCAGGCAAACUACUACUGGAAAGGAGCCUUUUCUCUCUUUUUCAAGGCUAGGGGAGAGUCCAGUUCAGUGGAUUCAGUUACUUCAUGCCUUAGAUCAGCCAGAUCUCCCAGGUUGGCCCUUGCUGACUCCGCUGAAAGUGCAAAUGCAGAAGUGUGAGAAGUGUUCCCGAGAAUUUUUUUCACUGAUUAACUACAGGAGACACAUUCGAGUGCAUCGUCGCUCUUUAAAUGUUGAUAAGGAAUCUCACAAACAUAGGGAUUUAUUGGCUGCAUUUUGGGAUAAACUUUCAGUGGAACAGGCUAAGGAGAUUCUGGUGUUAAAGGAUGUAUCGAUAAAGGACCGGCCCUGGUCAGAGCCUGAUCAAUUUAUACCAGAGAGGUUUCUUACAAGCCAUGCUGAGGUAGAUUACUUAGGACAGCAUUUUGAGUUCACUCCAUUCGGGUCUGGCAGAAGAUGUUGCCCCGGGAUCACAUUUGCAAUGCAAGUAACACAUUUGACACUUGCUCAAUUGCUCCAAGGUUUUGAUUUCACAACACCAUUAAACAUGCCAGUGGACAUGACUGAAGGCCAGAGUUUAACCUUGCCCAAGGCUAAACCAUUACAACUAGUUGUCACUGCGAGAUUACCUUCUGGGUUUUAUCUAAACUAG